AAUAACAAGCUUUGAAUACCCUCCGUUCUUUAGUACAAUAUACACAGAUAUGGCCAGAGUAACUAGAGCUUUGUUCUUCAUAGCCCUCCUUCUCUGUUCUACCAUAGCUUCUGCAGCUAGACCAGAACCAGCUUUUUCAGCAGUAGCAACUAAUCCUGAGAAAACCCAACUUGGGGUUGUUGAAACCGAGCAAGCUGAUAUUGAACAGAGCUGUGAAGGAGUUGGAGAAGAUGAGUGCUUAAUGAGAAGGACUUUGGCUGCUCACAUAGAUUACAUCUAUACCCAGAAGGCUAAACCCUGAACUUCAUUUGUUUGUUAACUACUAAAUGUAUUAUGCAAUACUUGUUAGCUAUAUAACAAGAAAUUUAAACCAGCAGUCUUAUCUACU